UGUGCCAGUCACCCAACCGAAUCACCCUUUUUUCCAUUAUCACCAUCAUCAUCGUCAUCCUGUUCUAGCUUGUUCUAUGUUAUAGACAAACCAGCAAAUUCUAAAUUAUGUAUCACGGAAACUCUAUCAGACUUCUUGCGGGCAAUAGUCACCCAGAGCUCGCCCAAGCAGUGGCCGAGCGGCUGGGAGUGCCCCUCACACCAUGCAUGCCCCAGAAAUUCUCCAACGGCGAGAUCAACGUCAAAAUUUCCGAAUCCGUCCGCGAGGAGGACGUCUUCAUAAUCCAGUCAGGGUGUAGCGAUGUGAACGACAACUUGAUGGAACUCCUGAUCUUGAUAUCUGCCUGCAAAACCGCUUCCGCCCGCCGCAUCACCGCUGUCAUCCCGUGCUUCCCGUAUGCCCGCAUGGAUAAGAAAGACGAAUCUAGAGCACCGAUCACUGCAAAAUUGGUGGCAAACAUGCUUGUCAGCGCGGGAUGCGAUCACGUUAUCACCAUGGAUCUGCAUGCGAGCCAAAUUCAGGGAUUCUUCGACAUUCCAGUGGACAACCUUUUUUCAGAGCCUUUAAUGAUUUCAUACAUCAAGAGGCACAUUGAAGGGUGGCAGAACGGCAUUGUCGUCAGUCCAGAUGCUGGUGGCGCAAAGAGGGUCACUGCCAUGGCAGACAAGCUUGGCGUCGAGUUCGCCCUUAUACAUCGGAAACGCGAUGGGAAGUCUCAAAAUGCACCAGAACGCAUGGAGCUUUUGGUCGGAGACGUUCGAGAUAAGGUGGCUAUUUUGGUGGAUGACAUGAUAGAUACUGGCCACACGCUCACACUCGCUGCUCGAACGUUGCAUGAGAAAGGCGCAAAAACCAUUUACGUUCUUAUUUCGCAUGGACUUUUCGCAGAAGCCCAUAUGGCUUCUUUAAACAGUCUCCCCAUAGAGCAGCUUGUGGUUACGAAUACCAUUCCGCAAAAAGAGCACAAGGAACAAUUUUCGAAGUUGAUAGCCUUGGACAUUAGUUCUACAAUCGCUGAAAGCAUACGUCGCACACACAAUGGUGAAAGUAUUAGCCUUCUAUUCGGUGAAUGGGCCGACGGCAGAGGUCUGGAUAUGAUCAUUUAGUUUGUUUCCUCGCUCCGGAUCCUAUCCCUCGCGUCGGUAAAUGCUUGUAUCUUAGAAACGCAGUUCAUUACCAGUUCCUGACUUCCCCGUGUGCAACCGCGA